AUGGCCGACGACGACCCCGACGACGUUGGUGGUGGUGGGGGCGGUGGCAGCGGUGGCGGCGGUAGUGGCGGAAGUGGAGGUGUGGGUGACGGUGCUGCUUCUCCGAAAUCGUCUCCAGCAGUAAAACCACCACAGACAACCUUGAAGCCGUCGGGUGUGCUACCGUCGGGAAGGGUGCCAUCAAGCGUGCCAUCAUCGGAUGCGCCACCGCCCGGAGUGACAUCAGUUGUGCCAGCGUAUGCCUUGCCAUUGCCUCCAUUGGGAGCGCCUACACCACAGCGUCCUGCUACUCCGCGACUGACAACAACGAUGACGACCACGACGACCACGACAACCACGACGACUACCACGACAACGACUACGACGACGACAACGACCACGACCACGACGACAUUUGCACCAUUCACAGAACUCAUCUGCACGGUUUCCGCCUUCGCGGUCUUCAGCACCAUGUACCCGCCGGAUGGCUUGUGUCACUACCUGUUCUACUGGAACGUGGUCGUAAGUCGCGGCACCAUGCGGGGCGUAGAGGUGUCGACUUCGUGGGACGUCUUUAAGAAAGAAAUGAUAAAGCGCAAGAAUACUUCCGGAGGCGUCAGUUUUGACUCCCGGUACGUGACUGCUGCUAGUAUCCGCUCAGUAGAGAAGGAGCUGGAUGAUCUGACCACGAAAAACAUCAUGCACUAUGGCGUUCUCAAUAUGUUGGCCACUCCAGCGAAAGCGCACGGCUUGUGGCAGCGGACCAAAGCGCUUCUUAAAGAACUCAAGACUAUACAAGGAAACGAUACCAACAAAAGCGUUAUACUGGCAAUGGGCCUAUACGAUUACGGCUCGCAGGGAGAAUAUUACGGCGACUUCACGGUUCUAUUCAGAGAAGCCAUCGAGGAGUCGAGCGCGGACACAGUCAUCGCCAUCAGCUCUGUCGGUUGGUUAUACGACGGGAGGCGGUGUGAAUGCACUCCACCCUCCGUUUGGGACACGGAGGCAUUACCCAGCUUGCGCAACACUUUCGCAAGGAAGUAUCCUGACCUGCGGAGGCAUGCAGCGUUGAUGACGAAAGGCCAGUCCUACAGCUUGAAGGUUAAAACGGGCCUGUCUUUCGAUUUAGCCACACUGGUGUACAAUACGACACAAAGCUAUCAGCACCAAGACGCUCUGGAUGUCGCAUUGCUGUACAGCGAGUGCAACCUCUUCUUUACGACGAACUAUGACGUCGUGCCAUGUAAAAAUGUUUCACGCUUAACUCGGAGCCUAGUACACCCGGACGUAGGCAUCGCAUCUGCAGAACUUCAGCCAUCUCUGAUUUUCAUCUUUGAGGACGAGGAUACUCUAGAGAAAAAGUGCAAGGACCUGGCAAGACCGUCCACCUACCUGCGGCCAAACAUGGCGAUACUCCUGCUGAACGUUCACCUCGGCGACUACUCCCUGAACGCAUGCGGCAAUGCCGACCCGCUGAGAGCCGACCCGUUUUGGCGCAUCCGCGUGGUGAAGAGGACGUUGAAUAUUACGUGACGUCCCGUCGAGGUGGUUGCGGUUUCUGCCCUGAGAAGUGAAAAUAUACAGCACUUGCCUUAGGCAGCAACACAGGGGGCAUGUUUGGGAUUUCUUUUAUUAUAUUGUUGUAUAUUUAUUAUAUAUUAAUAAAUGAUUCGUUGUUGCAUC